CUUUCUUGAAUAAUCUAUUUUACCUACUUAAGAUCCACUAGCUGGUCUCUUUCCCCUCUCCCCUUCCCUCCAUCCUUCUCUUGUUCUCUUCCCUUUAUUUCUUUUUCUUUUUUGUUUCUGGGUUUUAAGUUCGCAGGCAAAAUUUUAUAUGAGAGAAAAAAUGGGCGGAGGUUGGUUGCUUGGAUUAUUUCAAGUCCAGAUCUGAACCUGAAACCAAAAGUGUCUCUUCACUUUCUUGGCGUCUUCUCUUCCUUCUCCUUCACCUUCUUGCUAAAACCCAUUUCCUCUCUCUCUCUCUCUCUCUUCUGUUCCUUACAUUUACCACAUUCGUUCAGUUGGCCGGCCUGAAUCAAACCUCCACCCUUCUUCUUCCUCUGCUUUUCCUUAUAAUUAGAACAGAGGAAGCUCUGUUUCUGUGUCGAGGGGGGUGAAAUGCUGGCAAUUGGAAGUCCCACGUUCACCAGUGUGCGUACAAGCACCACAUGUAACGCUUUACUUAGAGAGCUUCAGCAAAUAUGGAAUGAAAUUGGGGAGAGUGAGGCUGAACGAGAUCGCAUGCUGGUAGACUUGGAAAGAGAGUGCUUAGAAGUUUAUCGGAGGAAGGUGGAGGAUGCUUCGAAUUCCAAAGCACGACUUCAUCACUCUGUGGCAGCAAAGGAAGCAGAGCUUGCAACUCUCAUGGCUGCCCUUGGGGAGCUUAACAUUCGUUCAACGGUCCAGAAAGACAAGAAGGCGAUGUCGUUAAAGGAGAAACUUGCAUCCGUUUCACCAUUGGUGGAAGAUUUGAGGAAGAAGAAAGAAGAGCGGAUGAAGCAAUUUGACGAUAUAAGAGCACAGAUUGAAAAGAUCGGUGGGGAGAUAUCUGGUUAUUCCAGUCUCAAUGACUCUCUUAUGAGUAAUAAAUCUCUUGAUGAGCAUGACUUGUCACUAAGAAGGCUAAACGAAUAUCAGACACAUCUCCGCUCCCUUCAAAAGGAGAAGUCGGACCGCCUCAAUAAGGUCUUUGAGUGCGUGAAUGAGGUACAUUCUCUGUGCAGCGUGCUCGGUUUAGAUUUUGACAGGACUGUGAGUGAGGUCCAUCCAAGUUUGCAUGGAGUCAACCAAGAACAGUCAACCAAUAUAAGCAAUACCACGCUCGAGGGUCUAGAACAGACCAUUCUUAAAUUGAAAUCUGAAAGGAAAGCUCGGAUAAGGAAGCUGAAAGAUAUUGGAGCUUCACUAUGUGAACUUUGGAAUUUGAUGGACUCAUCAAAGUCAGACAAGAAUGAAUUUUCAAGAAUUACUUCAAUUCUGGUGUCAUCGGAGUCUGAAAUAGUAGAACCAGGGUUCCUUUCAAUGGAGACAAUUAACAAGGCAUCUACAGAAGUGGAAAGGCUUACUAAACUGAAAGCUAGCAGAAUGAAAGAGCUUGUUAUGAAGAAAAGAGUAGAAUUAGAAGAAAUAUGCAAAAUGACUCAUAUUGAACCUGACACAAGUACUUCAGCUGAGAAAUCCACUGCACUGAUAGAUUCUGGUUUAGUCGAUCCUGGCGAACUCUUGGCAAGCAUUGAUGCCCAGAUAACCAAAGCAAAGGAGCAAACUAUGAGCAGGAAAGAAAUAAUGGAUAGGCUAGACAGAUGGCUCUCAGCAUGUGAAGAGGAAAACUGGCUUGAAGAUUAUGAGCUGGAUCACAACAGAUAUUCAGCUGGCAGAGGUGCUCACAUUAACCUAAAGCGUGCAGAGAAAGCUCGAAUCACUGUGAACAAAAUUCCAGUGAUGGUUGACAACCUGAUUAAUAAAACCUUGGCCUGGGAAGAUGAAAGGCAAAUGCUGUUCCUUUACGAUGGGGUAAGAUUGGUGUCGAUACUAGAGGAUUACAAAAUGACGAGACAACAUCGAGAAGAGGAGAAACGGAGAUUCCGGGUAAUAGUUUCAGUUGAUCUUAUGGACUUUUGCUCCUACUAUCCUACAGAUUAAACAGAACCUGUAGUAUUGCCCAUUUUGACUGGCACCUUAAACAAUUAUCUAAAAUAAAGGACCAGCCUACUACCCCAACACUAGAUUUACUCGUGAUAAAGAAGAUACUGUUGCUAAGGGUCGUUUGGAAGGACGAUUGUUGAAAUGGGUAGAUUGUGAAUAAUACAGUAGCUAUUGAAAUAGAUCUAUUGUCAUUAUUUAUUGUUUGGGUAACUGUUUUCUUACAAUUAGAUUAUAGGUGAUGGAUUGCAUCAGUAAUGUUGAAAAUACCAAAUAAUUCACUGUUAGCUAUUUUGCACCAAUGACACUGACGAAAGGGAAAAAGGAUAAUGGAUUUUCCAAGCCAGUAAGCCACCUCUCCGGCCAGUCAUUAUACCCCUCUGCAUAUAUUGUCGAAUAUAUCGUUGCAACUAAGACACCCUAAAAUUUUGUUGGCCAACGGCGAUUGUUAUGCACAACUUGUUGACUCAUUGUGUGCACAAUCUCCUCCUCCCCCCACAAUCCAAAUGACCCCUUAGGUUAAGUUUAACUAAUAUCUGAUGGCUGGUGUUUCAAAUGUAUGACGAAUUGGUUUUCACAUUUUGAAGGACCAAAAGAAGCUCCAAGAUUUGCUGCUGACAGAGAAGGAACUGAUGUACGGGUCGAAACCAAGCCCACGAAAGACAAACAGCUUCAGGAAGCCAAAUGGUUACCGUGGGAAUGGGUCGAUGACUCCAACAUCACGACGUAACUCUGUGUGUGGAACACCUGAACCCCUCACUCCACGAUCUUAUUCUGGACGGAGUAACGGGUAUUUCAAGGAAAUGAGGAGGCUAUCUACUACCCCAUUGAACUUUGUAUCCAUAACAAAGGAAGAUACCAUAUCGUUUGCUUCUGUUUCUGGUUCUGAGCCAGAGUCCCUCCUCUGAGCUAAAGCCAUGGAAAUUUGUGAAAAAGGUGCGGCGUUGGCUUCUCUGCAUCCUUGAAUCUAAUAAUUGUAACAUUGUGAAUAUGGGAGCUGAUCGGGUAAUACUAGGAGGCUGGUUGUUUGCUAGAAAGAAGAAACAAAACUCGGGGCUGGAGCAGGAAGGUGGUAGUGGUGCAUGUGUGACAGAAAGCAGUAGAUAACAGGGUUGCAAGUAAGAUGUUUACUUUUGUGAUUAGCUUUUGUUUUUACAGUGGGAAGCCGAAAAUGUGGAAAGGAGUGUUCUUGUGCCUGUUUACUUUUCUGUUGUUUGGUUCUUCCAGCGAGUGUGUGUUGUAUAUAUGCUUUAGCUGUAUGUUGAUGAUUGGAAAGGGUUGGAACAAGGGAGAGCCUUGUCCCAUUCCCAUAUACAUAUUGGAGGGAAUGGUGUCACUGUCUUUGACUAAGUAAUAAACUUCUUGCCGUCGAGAAAUUUCUUGUUCAGUUUAUAGGUUGCUGGCUGCUGCAGAUUUCAACUUCAGAGUUAGUAGUUUUUGCCUAUACAAGGCGUCGUUCGGAC